ACGCACCUGAAUAAAAACAACUCGCGGCCAUGUCUGAGAGGAGUCAUAUGAUUUUCAAGUUCAGGACAGAAUAUCCACAGGCAGGAUGAUUUACAUCAUAAUGGGAGUCUCAGGCUGUGGAAAAAGCAACUUGGGGUCUCAUCUUUCAGAAAAGCUGGUCUGGUCACUGCAUGAAGGGGAUGAUUUCCACCCACAGGAGAACGUAGAGAAGAUGGCUCAGGGUGAGCCGCUCACAGACGAGGACAGAUUUCCUUGGCUCCUGCGACUACAUGAAGUCAUUGAGAGAGAAAGAUGCUCAGGCUCAGAUGCUUUUGUGACGUGCUCCGCCCUGAAGCGUCUCUACAGGCAGAUCCUGCUGCACGGCUCCAGAGCCCUGGACCAAGACAUCCUGCCUCCCGGCCCUCCCGAUGUCUUUUUCCUCUUCCUUCAUGGGGACUACGGUCUCAUUCACCAGAGGAUGGUGGCCCGCAGGGGACAUUACAUGAAAACCGACCUGCUGCGCUCCCAGUUUGAUGCUUUAGAGCCUCAGCUGGAUGAAGAGAAUGUGAUGUCUCUGGACAUCAGCCGGAGCAUCACUGAUCUAGGCACGGAGGUCGAGCAGCACAUUAUCGGCCUCAAGUCGUCAACAGUGGUGCUGUAGUCACCACUGACAGGCAGACAGAGAGGCCAUCAUCAUCGUCGUCAUCGGCUCGGUCAGUUCGUCUGCCACUUUGGUCCAGGAACAUUUGAUCAGCUAUUGGAUGGAACUCCAUGAAACUCUUUACAAACGUUCAUGGUGCCAACAGGAUGAAGCGUAUUGACAAUAGUAAUUCUCUGAUGAUUCCACUAGUGCCACCAACAGGUUAUGUUUAUCAUUUUCUCAGUGAAAUAUCCCAACGUCUAUUCUCUGGAUCUGCACAAAAUGUAGUGCAGGCAGUCAUGGUUCCCAGAUGAUUGAAUGUAAUCAAAUUUUUUACUUGAAUAAUUAUGACAUUUUAAGUACAGUCAUAGAUUUAUUGACUAAUCACUUCACUUGAUUUAUUGACUUUCGUAUGACCUUGUUUGGUUUUGAUGACAAGUAACUGGUGGACAGGAAAAUCCGGAGCCUGCAGAAACUCAUUUUGUUUUAGCACUUCACCUAACACUGAUCUUUGGGUUUAAUUGUUUACCUUCAACAUCACAGGUUUCUUACCCAAUUGUAAAAACUUGUGGACGUGUUUGCAGCUUUGCUGAAGUUUGGAUUGGUUUAGUACCAAGCAACAGUUUUUAUAUCAUUUUAUAGUCUGUCAAAGCAACUUUCAUGCUUUGACAUCGAAUGCCAACCAGUCUAACAGUACAAUCUUCAGGCAGAAUAGAACAGGGUGGAAUGAUUAAAGGGGGUGAGAUUGAACAGCUUCCUGCUACACAUCACUGUGAGGCCGGUUUGACUCUUCUCACAACAUCAUGUAGUUUCCAUACGAACGGUCACAUCAGGUCAGAGCUUAUUGAUCCCCGUUUUAAAAGUGACCAUUAGCACAAUGUCCUCUUACUCUCUCACUCAGACUCACAAUCAAACACUCACACACGUCCCUCCACUCAGCACUGCAGAGCUGUUUUUGUUGGUGUGACUCAUCUUCAAACCUCCACUCGAAUAUUUUAGGAGCUUCUAAUCCAGAAAACCCCCCUUGGCUGCUCUCGUAUCUCACACAUCCAGACGAACCGCGGCACAUACACACACACCACUGGAGAUUAAAACCCCCUCAACAGACGCACACAGGUUGUCAAGUGGAUCAAAGACACACAUAUCUGAUGUUGUAGUGUGCGACUUGUGUGUCAGUUACUCCACAAGGUCUUUGAGAGCGAGGACACAAAGGCUGGAAUAAAAUAAACCAAGAGCAGUCCUCAAACUACCACACACAUCUUUUUAUUAUUAUUAUAAUAAUUAUCACCACUGAAUGACUUAAUACUUGUGAGGUUAGUUUUAAUGAGUUAACCACAUCAAAGUUAUUUAAGUAAUGAUAAACUGCACCCUUCACACAGCCAUAGAUCAGAUUUGUUUCAGAUUACAACUAUUAUGUUUUAUAGCUUCAUAAUUCCAACCAUACAAAUCAAAACAACUACUAUUACUGAAGUCCAGUGCCCCCUGGUGCUUAUAGUAAUAAUGUUCAAACUUCAAUAGAAAGUCCUGGUAAAAACACAUUUGAUUUGAGGGGUUUUCGUUGAAGGGCCGAUAAUAAUUUAUAAUAAACUAGUCAUAAUUUAUCAGUGUUUUAUAAAUAACUGGGCUUUCAUCAAUCAAGAUGGCAGACGUGUUGGUUUUCGACUAAAUUGUCUAGUAAGACUGUCGGGUGAUGCUGUUGAUCUUUACACCAACUCUGGAUACAACAUAUGUUUUUAAAUUAGGAUUUCUUCCUUGUCUCUGUUUUAUAUGAAUAGAAGUGAAUCAUCAGCUGGCUGUUAGAUUAAUAGUCAAGUUAUAGCAACAUGGGGAGCUGUGAGAUUUGUUUUUGACAGAUUAAUAAACAAUAUAAAACUCAUCAAA